AUGGAUAAUGUUGAUAGGGAUUUAAUACAAGAUAUUGGAGAAAAAGUAUCAAAAUCAUUAAAAUUACCAACAACAAAUCAAACACUUGCAUUAAGAAUUUUUAAUGAAGUUAUUAGAUCCAAUAAUAAAGAACAAUUUAUAAAAUCAUGUGCUCAAUAUGGUAUUAAACCUGAUGAUUAUAUAAUUGAUGAUAUUUAUGAUAAAGUUAAAAAAUCAACAAAUAAAAAUGAAAGUAAUAAUAGUAGUAGUGGUGAAAGAACUUCAUUAUCUUUUACAAAAGAUACGUCAACAACAACUCAAUCAAAUCAACCAUUAGCAGAAACUAUGAAAGGCGGUUUAAUUACAAGAAAAAAUUCAACAAAUAAUGAUGAACAAUUUAAAAUACCACAAGUGAAAAAAUCAGUUUUAGGUUUAGAUAUUUUAGCAAAAGAAAAAAGAGAAGAACAAGAAGAGAAAAGAAGAAAAGAAUUAUUAGAUAGAUUUAAUAAUGAUGACGAUAGUAAUAAUGAUAAUUAUAAUGAUAAUGAUGAAUCUUCAUUCAAAAAACCUGAAAAACAUUAUAGACAGAUAAAAUCAACACCAAUUCGUUCAAAUGAUUAUGAAAGAAAUUCUUCUUCUUCUUCUUCAUCAUCAUAUGAUAGACGAGAUGAUAGGAGCAGUAAUAGAGAUGAUUAUAGAAGAGAUGAUAGAAGUAGUAAUAGAGAUGAUUAUAGAAGAGAUGAUAGAAGUGGUAGUAGUAAUAGGAGAGAUGAUUAUAGAAGGGAUGAUAAAAGUAGUAGUAGUAGUAGUAAUAGGGAUGAUUAUAGAAGGGAUGAUAGAAGUAGCAAUAGAGAAGAUUAUAAAAGAGAUGACAGAAGUUCAUCAUAUAGGAGAGGUGAGGAUUUUAAUAAAAACUCUGAAACUCCACAAAGAAGAUAUAAUGAUCAAACACCAUCAAGAGAUUCAAAUAGAGAUCCAUCAUAUAAAAGGGACGAUAGAAGUAUAAAUAGAAAUGAUUAUAGAAAAGGUGAUAUCGAUAGAGGUGGUGGUGAUAAUAGACCUUUUGAUACACCUCAAAGAAAUAGAGAUAAUGAUCAAACACCAAGUAGAUAUAAUCAACAACAAAAACAACAACAACAAAAUAAUAGAAAUAAUAAUAACAGACCAUAUGACACUCCACAAAGAACACCAUCUCAUAAUUAUAAUUCAUGGUCAGGUAGAAAUAAUCAAAAUAAUCAAAAUAAUAAUAAUAAUAAUAAAAAACCACAUUUAAAAGAAGAAGAAUAUGAAGAAGAAGAAUUUGAUAGAGGAUAUUAUGAUGCAGAUGAAGGUGAAGGUGGUGUUUUUGAUAGUAGUAAUGCUGAUAGUGUAUUUUUAGGUGAUGAAAAGAAAUUUAAAAAGAUGGAAGAAGAAUUCACAAGAUCACAAAAGAAAAAAGUAACAGCAAAACAAAAUCAAAUGAAUGAGGAUAAUUCAAGAUGGGAAACCAAUAGAUUAAUGCAAAGUGGUGUAAUAUUACAAAAUGAAAUCGAUUUGGAUCAUUUACAAGAAGAUGAUGAGAAUAGAGUUAAUCUUUUAGUUCAUAAUACAAUUCCACCUUUUUUAGAUGGUCAUCAAGUGUUAACCAAACAGCAACGUGCCGUUCAAACCGUUAAAGAUCCAACUUCUGAUAUGGCUGUUAUUUCAAGAAAAGGUAGUGCAUUAAUGAAAGAGUUUAGAGAGAAACGUGACCGAAUAAAAAGUCAAAAGAAAGUUUGGGAGUUGGGUGGUACGGCAAUUGGUAAAAUUAUGGGUAUAAAGAGUGAGGAUGAAAAAGAAAAAGAACAGCAAUUAGCCAAUGGCGGUGGUGGUGGUGAGCAAAUUGAUAAAGAAACCGGUGAAGUUUUAAAUUAUAAAGCACAAUCACAAUUUGCAUCCCAUUUAACACCAAAUAAACCAACUGAAGGGUCAAGUGAAUUCUCAAAAACCAAAACAAUAAAAGAACAACGUGAAUUUUUACCAAUAUUUGGUUGUAGAAAUGAUUUAAUGAAGAUCAUUAGAGAGAAUAAUGUAAUCAUUAUAGUUGGUGAGACUGGUUCAGGUAAAACCACUCAAUUGGUUCAAUAUCUAUAUGAAGAUGGCUAUUCAAAAUUUGGAAAAAUUGGAUGUACCCAACCAAGAAGGGUUGCUGCAGUUAGUGUGGCAAAGCGUGUAAGUGAAGAGAUGUCUGUUACUUUAGGUAAUGAAGUUGGUUAUUCAAUUCGUUUUGAAGAUUGUACAUCCAAUGAAACUGCAAUUAAAUAUAUGACUGAUGGUAUUUUAUUAAGAGAGUCAUUUAAUGACCCAAACUUGGAUAAAUACUCUGCAAUCAUUAUGGAUGAAGCACAUGAACGUUCAUUAAAUACUGAUGUGUUAUUUGGUAUUUUAAAAAAGGUAAUGUCAAGAAGAUAUGAUAUGAAAUUAAUUGUAACAUCUGCAACAAUGGAUAGUAAAAAGUUUUCAAUGUUUUUCGGUGAUGUACCCGUAUUCACUAUACCAGGUAGAACUUUUCCAGUCGAUGUACUUUGGAGUAAAACCCCAUGUGAAGAUUAUGUUGAUUCAGCAGUUAAACAAAUUCUAUCAAUACAUGUGACUCAGGGUGUUGGUGAUAUACUGGUGUUUAUGACUGGUCAAGAAGAUAUUGAAACCACUUGUGCAACCGUUGAAGAAAGAAUUAAACAAUUGGGACCACAAGCACCACCAUUAACAUUGUUACCAAUUUACUCUCAAUUACCAUCAGAUAUGCAAGCUAAAAUCUUUGAAAAAGCAGAUAAUGGCUCUAGGAAAUGUAUUAUCGCCACAAAUAUUGCAGAGACUUCAUUGACUGUCGAUGGUAUUCUCUAUGUUAUCGAUACUGGUUAUUGUAAAUUAAAAGUUUACAAUCCAAGAGUUGGUAUGGAUUCAUUACAAGUCACACCCAUCAGUAAGGCAAAUGCAAAUCAACGUUCAGGUAGAGCUGGUCGUACUGGUCCUGGUAGAUGUUAUAGAUUAUACACUGAAUCCGCUUUUAAAUAUGAAUUGAUGGAUAAUAAUAUACCAGAAAUUCAACGUACAAAUCUUGGUAAUGUAGUAUUGAAUCUUAAAUCAAUGGGUGUAAAGAAUUUAUUGGAUUUUGAUUUUAUGGAUCCACCACCACAAGAUAAUAUUUUGAAUUCAAUGUAUCAACUUUGGGUAUUGGGAGCAUUGGAUGAUCAAGGUCAAAUCACACCAUUGGGUAAGAGAAUGUCGGAAUUUCCAUUGGAUCCACCACUAUCGAAAAUGGUUAUAGUUGCAGAGCAAUUGGGGUGUGGUCAAGAUAUAGUUACAAUCGUUAGUAUGUUAUCAAUGCCAUCAGUUUUCUAUAGACCUAAAGGUGCUGAAGAAGAGAGUGAUGCCUCAAGAGAGAAAUUCUUUGUUCCAGAAUCCGAUCAUCUAACAUUGUUACAUGUUUAUCAACAAUGGAAAAUCAACAACUAUAGCUCACAAUGGUGUGCUGAACAUUAUAUUCACAUUAAAGCAAUGAGAAAAGUUAGAGAGGUUCGUGGUCAACUCUUGGAUAUUAUGGUACAACAUGAUAUGAAGGUUGAAUCAUGUGGUUCAAAUUGGGAUAUCAUUAGAAAGGCUAUCACUUCUUCUUACUUUCAUCAUUCUGCAAAGAUUAAAGGUAUUGGUGAAUAUGUAAACAUGAGAAAUGGUAUGCCAUGUUUCCUUCAUCCAACAAGUGCACUCUAUGGUCUUGGUUAUGCUCCCGACUAUAUUGUCUACCAUGAAUUAGUUAUGACCUCAAAAGAAUAUAUGCAAAUUGUAACCGCUGUUGACCCAAAUUGGUUAGCUGAAAUGGGUCCAAUGUUUUUCUCAAUCAAAAAAUCAUUAAAAGAUAAAAAAAGAAAAUUAGAUCCAAUUAAAGAUAAAAUUAAUGAUAAUAUCAAUAAUAAUAAUAAUAACAAUAAUAUUGAUAAUAGUAAUAUUAUUAAUGCUAAAGAAAAAGGUACUAUAAAAGUAAAUCAAACUUCUACCACCACUACAACUACUACUAAUACUACAACUAAUAUAAAUAAUAAUAUUAAUUUUGAUAAUAAAAAAUCUUCAUUAAUCACAAAUUCUACACCCAGUACCAAUAAUAGUAAUAAUAAUAACAGUAGUGGUAACAAAUCAAAUACCAAAAAAAUCAAAAGAUUUGGAUUGUAG